CUGGCUCGCUCGCCGUACCCUUGCCCGGCCGUAAAGCGCGGAAGGUCGCUGUCCCGGGGCUCGCGGAACUUUUAUUUUCUCCUGCCGCGUCUUUCUCAUGUCCUGUGAGCCCUUUUCCGGUCCGGUCCGCGACGACCCCCUACGGCUGUGGUGUUUGCCUCGCUCCCGCCAGGGUGUCGCUGAGCGGGGCGUCCGCGGCACGGGAGUUUGACUUCUUGGGAUCUCCUUAGCUGAGUGAAAGCACAUGUCCCGGUUGGUGACAGACGUGAUGUUUCACCAGUUCCUGUCGAUCAUCCGAAGACAAAGGAGCAGCCCAAGAUGGCAGAACUGGAGUUUGGCAAGAAGCAGCGCGUCGGCUGCCAAAGCCCAUUCUGUCACCCUGCCUGCCCAGGCCCAGGUGGUCAUCUGUGGGGGUGGAAUCAUGGGCACAUCUGUGGCCUAUCACCUCUCCAAGAUGGGGUGGAAGGACAUCGUUCUUCUGGAGCAGGGCAGGCUGGCCGCUGGCUCUACCAGGUUCUGUGCUGGCAUCCUGAGCACUGCCAGGCACUUGACCAUCGAGCAGAAAAUGGCAGACUAUUCAAACAAACUCUACCAACAACUAGAGCAAGAAACAGGGAUCCAAACAGGCUACGUAAGGACAGGCUCAGUCUUUCUGGCCCAAACACAAGACCGGCUGAUCUCCCUGAAGCGCGUCAACUCAAGACUGAAUGUUAUAGGGAUCCCUUCUGAGAUCAUCUCCCCAAAGAAAGUGGCUGAACUGCACCCUUUCCUCAACAUGCACGACCUGGUGGGGGCCAUGCACGUUCCUGAGGAUGCAGUGGUGUCCUCCGCCGAUGUGGCCCUGGCCCUGGCAAGUGCCGCCUCCCAGAAUGGUGUUCAGAUUUAUGACCGAACAAGUGUUCUUCAUGUAAUGGUCAAAAAAGGUCAAGUUACUGGUGUGGAGACAGAUAAAGGACAGAUUGAGUGCCAGUAUUUUGUCAACUGUGCUGGUCAGUGGGCAUACGAGCUGGGUCUGUCCAACGAGGAGCCGGUUAGUAUCCCGUUACAUGCCUGCGAACACUUCUACCUUCUGACUCGCCCCUUGGAGACCCCUCUGCAGAACAACACACCAACUAUCGUGGACCCUGAUGGAAGAAUAUAUAUUCGGAACUGGCAGGGUGGCAUCUUGUCUGGGGGCUUUGAGAAGAACCCGAAACCUAUUUUUACUGAGGGCAAGAACCAGCUGGAAAUUCAGAAUCUACAGGAAGACUGGGAUCAUUUUGAGCCCCUGUUGAGCUCCCUCCUGCGUCGGAUGCCGGAAUUGGAGACACUGGAGAUCAUGAAGCUGGUGAACUGCCCCGAGACCUUCACGCCGGACAUGAGGUGCAUCAUGGGCGAAUCCCCUGUGGUCCGUGGCUACUUCGUCCUAGCAGGGAUGAACUCUGCUGGCCUGUCCUUUGGUGGAGGAGCUGGAAAGUACCUCGCAGAAUGGAUAAUACAUGGUUACCCGUCAGAAAACGUCUGGGAAUUAGACUUGAAGCGCUUCGGAGCCCUCCAGAGCAGCCGCACCUUUCUGCGGCACCGGGUCAUGGAAGUGAUGCCUUUGAUAUACGACCUGAAGGUUCCUCGCUGGGACUUCCAGACUGGCAGGCAGCUGCGUACUUCUCCUCUGUAUGACCGGCUGGAUGCUCAAGGGGCCAGAUGGAUGGAGAAACAUGGAUUUGAGAGACCAAAGUACUUCGUUCCACCUGAUAAGGACCUCCUCUCGUUGGAGCAGAGCAAGACUUUCUACAAGCCAGACUGGUUUGACAUCGUGGAGUCUGAAGUCAAGUGCUGUAAGGAGGCAGUAUGUGUGAUUGACAUGUCCUCUUUCACAAAGUUUGAGAUCACAUCUACAGGCGGCCAGGCAUUAGAAGUUCUGCAGUUCCUCUUCUCCAACGACCUGGACGUGCCCGUGGGCCACAUUGUGCACACAGGCAUGCUCAACGAGGCCGGGGGCUACGAGAACGACUGCAGCAUCGCGCGCCUGAGCAAGCGCAGUUUCUUCAUGAUCUCUCCAACUGACCAACAGGUCCACUGUUGGGCCUGGCUUAGGAACCACAUGCCUGAGGACAGCAACCUGGUGCUGGAGGACGUCACCUGGAAAUACACAGCCCUCAACCUAAUUGGCCCGCGUGCUGUGGAUGUGCUGUCUGAACUGUCCUACGCCCCUAUGACUCCAGACCACUUCCCAACUCUAUUUUGCAAGGAGAUGAGUGUGGGCUACGCCAACGGGAUCCGGGUGAUGAGCAUGACCCACACAGGGGAGCCCGGCUUCAUGCUGUACAUCCCCAUCGAGUACGCGCUGCAUGUGUACAACGAAGUGAUGAACGUGGGACAGAAGUACGGAAUCCGGAAUGCUGGGUAUUACGCCCUCCGCAGCCUCCGGAUUGAGAAGUUCUUUGCCUUCUGGGGCCAGGAUCUAAACACGCUCACCACACCUCUGGAGUGUGGACGAGAGUCUCGGGUGAAGCUGGAGAAGGGCUUGGACUUCAUGGGCCGGGAUGCCCUGCUGCUGCAGAAGCAGAACGGGGUGUACAAGCGCUUCACCAUGUUCAUCCUGGAGGACCACGACACGGACCUGGACCUCUGGCCAUGGUGGGGGGAGCCCAUUUACCGCAAUGGCCAGUAUGUCGGCCAGACUACCAGCAGUGCCUACAGCUACAGCCUGGAGCGCCACGUGUGCCUAGGCUUUGUGCACAACUUUUCCGAGGACACCGGAGAGGAACAGGUGGUCACAGCAGAUUUUAUCAACCGGGGAGAAUAUGAGAUUGACAUUGCCGGCUGCCGGUUCCAGGCCAAGGCCAAGCUCUACCCUAUCGCCUCCCUCUUUACGCACAAGCGCAGAAAGGAAGACGUGGAGCUGAGUGACUUGCAUGGGAAGUAACGCCAGGCCCAAUACCACAUCUCCGUCAUCUCACCUGAGGAGCACCACCGUGAGAGCAGCCCUUCCCUGAAUUGCUCUUCCUCACAUUUCUUAGCUCCUUGCUAUGAUUUUGAACUUGACCUGCUUUUCAACUUUUGCAGCCUUUGCCUCCCAUCCAUGCCUUGCUCCGAUUCCCGUGGUGGCAGGAAGUGUACCCAAAAGGGAGGACAGAUGCAAGCUCCCCUGUGGAACUGUCAGGGUUGUUUCACAGCAAGGCCGGCAGUGCUAGCUAGGCCGGCAGGGAAGUCAUCUCCCUGGGCUGCAGUUCCUCAGAGAGGCCUGCAUGUGUGACACAGCCCCGGGAACAGCUUGUGCCUUUUAGCCAGGCAGAUCCCUGUCCUGUCCCUUUGCAUUGUGGGCUGGCACCCCAUACCUCUAGCGAGAGGAUGAUCAUCUACCUCACCAAGGGGAGGUGGCACAUGGACACUGUCUUGUCCACAGGGGAGCCAAGCAGUUGCCUGCACCAUCCUCAUCUGCCCCCUGGAGCCAGUCCCAUACCUUCGGGCCAGGGUGCCCAGCCCACCUGGGAUUUUCUUCAUCUCUUGCUCAUCUCUGUAAUGAGGUGGUUUUUUGUUUUCUAGUUGCAUAAGCAAGUUUGCCAGUGUUGGGAAAACCACAUUACCUUGUUAUCUUUCAUGUUGCUUUUCGCAGCAGAAAAAAGUAUGUCAAAAAGUACUGCAAAAAGUAUGUCACCAUCAGUGCUGGGUUCUCUGCUGUGACAACAGCGCUGCUUUCCUUCCUGCUGUUCAAAGGUCAGUCAUCUUUCUCGAUUAUCUCAUGUGACGUGGCCUCCCCUCUGCCCUCUGCCUUCAGCUCACAAACCCAGCAUGUUUCCUCCCCUGUAGUACAGGCAGGGGAUGGUCAGGGCGGCCAGAGUGAGUGAGUAAAGCUUGGAACUUUACGACCCUGGCAUGGAAACAACACAGCCACACAGAGAUGUUCUAGUGUUGUGAGUGCAGCGGCUGAGUUUGUGAGGUAGAGGGCCACUUUGUCCGCUAGCCAUCCCCAGGCCCUGCUCACUCAGGAGGAGUAGUGUCUGUUUCUUCCUGGAAAAGCCUGGUCACAGACUGAGCUAUCCAGCCCAACACUUCAUUUCCCCUUGUAUAUAAACUGCCCUAAUCUGUUGGGGUUUUAUUAUUAGUGUAAAAGAAAAAAAAACCCUGAGAAAUCCUCAUUCAGCUAUGGUCUUCAUUGUCAUGGUAUCUUGGGGAGUGUUGGUGUUGUUAAACCUGUAGAAAUAUCAAAGAUUGUUUCAUGAGAGUAGCUUUAACAUUCCCAGGUGUCUGCCUCAUCUGGCACUGCUGUAGGCCACGUCCCUGACUGGCUCCUCCCAGACAUCUUGUUUCCCCAGCUGCCCUGCCUCAUGGUUAGUGACUCUUCAGCGUCCAUCGAUGCAUGGGGAUCUCAGCUGAUUUGUUACAGAAGAGCGGGUAGAACUCCAUCUGGGGGCUUUGAUGUUUUGGAGCACAUGUGCAUUUCACUUGCUGAGACCUGCUGCUUCUAGGCAACCAGGAGAGUGCUGAGCAGGCAGCAACAGCCAGGAAGGACCUGGCAGAGGGUGAGCUCUGGGCCAGCUGCAUGCAGGGGACAGACGGAAGAGGAUGGUGUCAAGUUCCAGGUAGUCACACGCUUUCACAUAGGUUUGCACCUCUCCAAAUCUGCUUUGUAAACGAGAUUUUAUUUGGAAUUAAAUCCAAAAGAAACUGAUUUAUGCACAGACAUUACAACUGUGGCAAUAAAUAUGUGCUUUAACUAUUAUGUAGAAGUGUCACCGUUCCUAAGUUCCAAACUGAAAAAGUAAAAGCCACCUCAAUGUAUUAUGCACAAAGAAGUGUCACAGAAGUAUAUUCAAGGUAUACUAACGAUUGUAUCUUUUUGUACUUGUUAAUCUCUAGCUAAUUACUGUUCUGUUCAUUAGCCGUACUAAGUAGGAAUGUGUGAUACUGUUUUGAAAAUCAUGAAACUUUCUUCUACUCUAGAGCUAGAAGCGCUGGCCUCCUGUGGCUAAUGUUAAUCCCCCCACACAUAGUGUUUGUCUUGUAGAGAGGGCAGAGGAGGGCCUAGCGCUCAGCCCUGUGCUUUUAAAAACCUCCAUAAAUAGGGGUCAUUCUCUGACUCCUAUUCAAGGUGACCUUCUGGGCUAUCACUUGUUACCGAGUGCCCUGGACUGUAAAGAUUUCGCUUUGGCACUUUAUAGGCACCUCUGGUCUCCUCCCUUGGAAGGACAGAGCUUUCCCCAGCUUGCAGUACCUUGUGCACACACUAGCAGGGAAGCCGGCUGGCCCUGAUGGGAGCACUGCGAACAGAUUCUUCCUCCCCGACUCCCACCCCGGCAGGUGCCCACUACUGAAGGCAGAUGCUGCAGCUCCCUGGGCUGCUGCUGAGAUGCAACAGAUCUGGAGGAUGCUGGCAGUUAUAAGGACAGAUAAACACAACAUCCUCGCAUGUGUCAUCCAAUCUCUCAGACACUGAGGCCAUAGAAGCUCACCCUGUGAGACAACAUACCAGUGUGAGUCAAGGAAUUUGGGGCUUUAGGUAGCUGGGUACUCUUUUUCUCUGAAACUGUCGGCGAAGCACUGCACAUUCUGUUCAUUUGCCAGCAAAGUUUCCUAGAUGAUCUUUUUGAACCUAGAAACAGUAUGGUGGCCUUAAACCACUAAGACUCAUUUCCCAGGAGGUGUUCUGCAGUGUUGCCAUGGCCCUUUGACUUGGGCUUGUGGAGCAAGCCUGCCCCUCCGUUACGCUGCUAUGGUGGUGACAACAGCCCUAAUUCAGAGUGCUUCGGAUGCUUUAAGAGCUAAAAAGGGACAACAACCUACUGCUUAGAUCACUUAUUUGAGCUCUUUUAACCAUAUGUAAUAGCACUAUUUCCCAUGCUGCUCCAGAAGUCCCUGUACCCCUAAAUAUGGGAGAGUCCAAUCAGGCCAGGGAUCAUUUAGCUCCAUGCUAAAUCCCAGCUUCAGUGUGACCUCAAGAGCUGCCACCAGGUAGUGUGGGCUCCCUGGGAUGUCUUUCCUGGACACACAGGAAUCUUACCUGUUCUUUUUCUUUCCUAGGCUGUUUCCAAGAAAGUAAUUAAAACAUGAGAAAUAAGUCCCCCGCUCUCAGUCCACUGCCCUGCUUUACAGGUACUAAAAGUGGCAGCACAGAGCAAGUGGUAGGUGUGUUCUUAAGAGAUGCUCACAGCCUUGACAGUCGUCUCUGUACACCCAGUCAGUGACUUACGGCAUCUGAAUGUGUCUUCACCCUCCUCGAGGGACCCAACACAUGAGGGAACCUCAGUAGCCUCCAGUCGCAGCGAGUCCUGGGAGACCGUGUCCUGCAGAGCACUCAUAGUGGGCUGCUUUCAGGGCUGAGCUACUGGUUUGUGUCUGUGGCUUUGAUGCUCCUUGGCCAGGGCCCUCUCUAGUAUCUGUGGCAGCUCUGAUCACCACGGGGCACCACUGCAGAGCCACUUCAGUUUCCCUUCUGCACCCACCCCCGAGUGCUGCUACAAGCACAGCAGCACGCAGCACGGGCACGUUUUCCUGUGCUGGACUUAAUGGCAAGCACCCAGGUUCAGGAGGAACAGUCAAGCUGUAGCACACACCUGGGCUCUAGGGAAGCAGCGAGCCAGGGUCUGCUGGGCUCCACCUGAAGGUGCUGAAUUGUGAGCCCUCUUGUUCACGUCACCACACUGCCCACCACUGUGGUCUUUCAUCACUGCCACUGCGGUUUUUCACAAAAACUGAGUAUUUUUUACAUCUCUGCCUUCUUUGUUCACUCAGUAUCAUGGUUGUUUCUUGUAUGAGUCUUCUCCAAGCAGAGAGCAUCUGUUGCAGAACUAUGCAUCAUUUCUUCAUGGGCCAUUUUUCUCAUGACAGACAAAAUGUUUUUAAUCCUUUGUGAACGCUGCCUUGUUCUUUUGUCUGUAAAGGACAGAAACUACUAGGAGAAAGGAGGAUAUUUUUAGUAUCUACUCAAAAAUCUUAUGUCCGCAUUUCUUUUGCACAUGAAGACUGCGGCUCGGAGCACCUUGUCUGACUCCAGUUCUAUCUCGUGCCUUACGCCCCAGAGCCACAGUGCUGGGUGAGGGCGAAGGACGGGAAGCGCGCUGCGGCCCGGGGGGUGAAGCUCUGCAGCUGUGUGCAGGCCACAUUCUUCUCUGCCCGAAUCGUGGGGUGCACAAACCCACCACUGUAAGGACUGUGAAGUCCAGUGACGACAUCUAGAGUGAGCCCCUCUGCGUUCUAGGUCAUCCUGAACACCUGCAGCCACCUGGGUAAAUGGGGUCUUUUCCCAGGAGCCCGGCUGACUGGAUGCACAUGGUGGUGGAGUGCUUCUGCCCUCCUCGAACAUACGUGACACUGUACUAUAUUUCUAGCUGGCUGGCUUUCAAUGAGAUUUUCAUGUUACUAGGUAUGAACAUGAAUAAACAUUUUAAUUUCCCUUGUCA